GCAUCCCAUCCUCCUCUCCGCUUCUCCCAUCCCAAAUCUGCUCGCGAAUCUCCUCCUCCUCCUCCUCGUCGGCGUCGUCGUCAGCUCGCCGCCGGGAGUAGGACGGCGGAGGGAGAUGGGGGACCACGAGGCGCGCGGGGACGACUUCGAGAAGAAGGCGGAGAAGAAGCUCUCCGGGUGGGGGAUCUUCGGCUCCAAGUACGAGGACGCCGCCGACCUCUUCGACAAGGGGGCCAACUCCUUCAAGCUCGCCAAGAACUGGAGCAGAGCUGCACAAGUGUACAUCAAGAUUGCUAACUGCCAUUUGAAGGGUGACAGUAAGCAUGAAGCUGCAUCAGCCUAUGUGGAGGCGGCAAAUUGCUAUAAGAAGUUCUCUCCUCAGGAGGCUGCACAAGCGCUAAACCAGGCUGUUAAUCUUUUCUUGGAAAUUGGUAGAUUGAACAUGGCAGCAAGAUACAGCAAGGACAUUGGUGAGAUAUAUCAGCAAGAGCAAGACUUAGAGAAGGCUUCAGAUUACCUGGAAAGAGCGGCUGAUCUUUUUGACAGUGAGGGUCAAUCAUCUCAAUCAAACAGUAUCAAGCAGAAAGUUGCAGAAAUUGCUGCUCAGUUGGAACAAUACCCGAAGGCAACUGAGAUAUUUGAAGCUAUUGCUCGCCAAUCAAUCAACAACAAUCUUCUUAAAUACAGUGUGAGAGGUAUUCUCCUCAAUGCAGGCAUUUGCCAGCUAUGUAGAGGUGAUGCUGUUGCUAUCACAAAUUCAAUGGAGCGAUAUCAGGACAUUGACCCGACAUUCUCAGGGACACGCGAAUAUAAGCUUUUAUCUGAUCUUGCUGCAGCUAUCGAUGAAGGAGAUGUUGCCAAGUUCACUGAUGCCAUCAAGGAAUUUGACAGCAUGACACGUCUGGACCCCUGGAAAACAACCCUCCUCCUCAGGGCAAAGAAUGAGCUGAAGAAAAAGGAGGAUGACGAGGACGAUCUAACCUAAGUUUUGUUGUAAAAACCUUUCAUGCUUAAAUAUGGUUUGCCUCCUUUUCAUACUGGAGGCUCCAUGUUCCAUAUAACGAGCAUAAUGAGAGGAAUCGUUGGUCCUGUUGUAUAGAACUUUGAGCUUUCAUGUUGGAUGCUUGGUUGCCCUGGUUCUUUUCUGGCCCCCACUUGAUUUGCCGUCAGUAUUUAAACUAGUACCCUACGUGUGUUGCUGAUACCUUGUAUAACAUGUUUGUUUCACAUGCUUUCGUCAUGAUAUUUAUUCAUGCACUUUAUAUACCAAACUAAGUUGAAUUCA